AUGCCUCCACUUUCCUCGACGACAGAACACGUGAAGCCUUUCGUUCUUGUUCCGGUGAAGAGGAGUGAUAGUGACACAAAAUCUACUAAGGUCUGCCAAGAUGGUUGGCUCGAGAAGGUUUUCGAACGUCAAGAAGUCGUAGAAUCGGAGAAGAGAAAGCCGAAACACAAGCGGAACUUCAUCCAGCGAACGUUGGGGAGUCUGACACACCACCACAAUAAACCGGAGUGCGAUUAUGACAACCACAGCUACCAGGAGGAGUUACAGCAGUACAUUGUAGAAUCGUCCGCAAACCUGCGCUACGAUGACGAUGAGCCAUUGGGCAGUUCGGAUGAAGACACGUCCGACGAGGAUUCUGAUCCGGUGUCGAUCUCUCCACGCAAUGCCGAAAUCAUUGACUUUUCCGCUUCGAUCGUGUCGAUUUCUUCGGACAUGAUCGAGGAGUUCGUUAAACCACCCGUAGUCGUGCCUCGGAAGUAUCGUACUCAAGAUCGUCAAGGUGGUGUACUUGUGGCCGGGCAUUACGUGCUGUUUACGAAUUGGGCGUUCAAGCGGCAAAUGCGACACAUGGGUCGGUUGAGCCCGCUUCCUGAGCGCUGUGAAGCUCUGCUUCCAUAUAUUGAUGAAGCUGUUGAAGAGGUCUCCAUUGGGGUAUACUCUGGAAAGAUCGUAGAGCUGUAAGGUAGUGUUUCUGUGGACUAGUGCGUGUACUUGUGCUAAUUUAUAAACAAGAACGACCGAGCGGAAGUCGCGUGAAC